CCGCGCCGCUCAUCGCACCGGCUCAUCGGCGUGACUGCAGGCGGCGGCUUCACCGUCGAUCUCUUUGCUUUCAUCGGCUGAUAAAGGUGGCGGCGGCAGGGCAAACAAUCAUAUUCAUAUUCCUCGUGAGGACAAGCAGAGUGGAGAUCAGCGCAGUUGAUGGCAGAAAGUACAUCUAUUGAUCCCUUUCGCAACUUCAGGGACGAAACCAAUGGACUGGGACAGGCACCGGGACAGGGACAGGGACAGGGACAUGGUGAUGGUGAGGAAGGUGGUGUGGGGGCAGCGGGAGUGGGAAUGGGGCCGAAGAAUCUCGCAGAGAUGUAUAGACCCCCGUUGGAUUUGAUGUUUAAGGGCAGCUUUGAUGAGGCGAAACAUCAGGCCAUCAGGCAGGCCAAAUGGCUCUUGGUUAAUGUGCAGUCGACUCGGGAGUUCUCAAGCUUCAUGCUAAACAGGGACACGUGGUCACAACCCACAGUGAAAGAGAUCCUCAAUGGUUCCUUCGUCUUCUGGCAGCAAUAUGACGACACUCCAGAAGGACGGAAGGUCUGUGCAUUCUAUAAGUUGACUUCUUUACCUGCCGUAAUUGUGCUCGACCCACAAACGGGGCAGAAGAUGAAGGGAUGGGAUGGGAUGUUGGAUGCAGACCGGCUCCUUGAGGAUCUGGUUCCAUUCAUGGAUCGUGGGCCGCUGGAGAAACGAACACCUAUGGUACAACCUCACAAGAGACCUCGCGAGAUAGAAGCGGAUUUCGAGACCUCCAGGGCCAAAGCAGCAGCUGCUGACGCAGGUCUGCAUAGUGAUGAAAUAGAAGACGAAGAAUUACAGCGUGCUAUCGCGGUAUCGCUGGAGGCAAUUCAUGCCGAAGUUCCUGCUCUGGAGAGAAGAGGAGGUCGCUCGAACUCGGAUCACAGGGAGCUUCGGAGAGAAGGGAUGCAGCAGGAGGGCACUGCAAAGCUGUCUGCGUCCAGAACAGGGCCCAUGGAUGAAGCCACAGGUGGAAGAGCAGGACCCAAGGCAGGUGCGGAAGCUGCAAGGUGUGUGCCAGAGAAAGAACUUGGACAGGAAUGCAGAAAGAGGGGCGAGCAACAGCAGGAGGCAGUGGAGCCAUUGCCGGAAGAACCUCCCGUUGGCGAUCCAAUGGCAUGCCGCAUCGCCCUUCGCUUUCCUGAUGGAAGGCGUGGACAGCGCCGUUUCCGUCUUUCUGACUCUGUCAAGCUCUUGCGCUCAUUUGUGUUUGCUGAGGUUCCCGAUGCUGCCAAUGGGCGACCUUUCCAUCUUGCUCCAGCUAUUCCGGACUCCCCCACGUUGAAUCUGACAGCGGAUACAAGUUUCAGGGAUGCGUGUCUUGCGAAUUCCAUGCUGGUGAUGACCUGGGACAGAUAGAGUAUUAAGAGCUAUGCAGAAUCGGAGAUAAUCACCUGUAUCUAUCGAGGGCUGGUGCUGACCUUCAUCUGUACAGCGGCGUUGGACUUAACGUGAAUCACCACGGGGAUGGACAUACCGUGCAGGUAGCCAGGGUCCACCUGACCUGUGUAUGUACAGGGUUGGACCUAAACGGCCCCUGUACAGCGGCGUUGGACCUAACGUGAACCACUACAGGGAUGGACAUACCGUGCAGGUAGACAGGGUUGACCUGACCUGUGUAUGUACAGGGUUGGACCUAAACGGCACCUGUACAGCGGCGUUGGACCUAAUGUGAAUCACUACAGGUAUGAUAUACCAUGCAGGUAAACAGGGUUCACCUGACCUGUGUAUGUACAGGGUUGGACCUAACCGGCAUUUACACAGGGUGGGACCUCACCCGGGUCUACACAGGCUUGGACUUGAGCUUUGUCUGCAUAUCGCCGAACCUAACCUCCAUCUGCACAGCGUCUACACAGCUGUGGACCUCCCCUGGGUCUGCACAGUGUUGGACCACCUACCCUGGGUUUACACAGGGGUUGACUUUACCUGGGGCUGCACAGGAACUGCACGGGGUUGGACCUAACUUGAGUCUGCAAAAGGGUCAGACAUAACCUGCAUCCACACAGGGUUGGGCUUAACCUUGUGCUAUGCAGUGUUGGACCACCUGACCUAACCUGCAUCCAUACACAGGGUUAGACCUAACCUGGAGCUAUGGAAUGUUGGACGUACCUAACCGGAGUCUAGGUAUCAUGCAGCGACACUCCAUGGUUGCUUGGUGCCAACAGGGGCACAGGAUAGACUGCUAGAUGAUUACCCCUGGUUUGAGGAAAUGCCUGCAAAGUCGCAGCUGCAGACUGAGACAGAGACCUGGUCCCCCUCACAUCUUUUCUCAGCUGCAUCAUAGUUAACCUGAUAGAAUCGGUGAAUAAUCAAGUCAUAAUCGUCUUCCACUGUGCACUCUGAAGGGAAAUAAUACCGCCCUUGAAAUGGGGGAUCAUCCAAAUCAAUCAGGUAUUCACUU